UAGAUCUCUCUCAUAAUUAUUAACCAACGCUACCUUCCUUAACCUUAUCCGAAUAUGAAAAUUUAGUAUACUUAAAUAUGAGUCACAAUAAUAUGACUAGUUUAGAUAUCGAUUCUUUACAGGGCUCUGAAGAUAUACUUCGUUUCAUCGGAAUAUCUGAUAAUCCUUGGCACUGCGAUUGUAAAAUGCGCAGAUUUCGAGAAUGGUACAAAUUUUGGUCAGAUCAAUUGAGUCAUUCAGAUAAAUAUCUACAAGAGUUAAACAUCGAAAACGCCAAAUGUCACACUCCAACAAAUUUAGCAGGUGUACCUAUCCUGUAUCCACCUUUGAAUGCUUUCACUUUUUGCGAAAAUGUAACCGAUUUUAAUAACACUCGAGAUGAAAGUAAGGUAAGAUAUCAUAUCAAAGGAACUAAUGACAUAUAUGAUGGAGAUGCUGACAAUGAUAACUUUGACACAAAUUCUAUCCCCAAUAGUCUUGCUCAAACGAAUAAUGCCUAUGGUAAUGAUCGUCAAAAUUUAGUUCUCAAUUCCUUAAAACAAGCCAGGAUAGCUUUAACCCUCUCAAUUUGCACUGUAGCUAUAUUAUUAGCGCUCUUUAUCUCUAAAUUUAUAUUUUCUGGUAAUAAUAAUAAAAAUAUCAUGGAAGAGGAAUCAAACAAUAAAUCUUCUAAAUUAGGAAGUUUUCUUUCAGCUAUUCCAGUUGCUUUUAGGAAUGGGCAUGUAACUAAUGUUCCUGAAGAUAAACAAACUAUAGCCAACCACGGAUAUCCUAUGGGAACGGUCUCGUAAUAUACACUCGUUUUGACAUAUUACACAAUAUUAUUUAUAAAUCAAUUUGGACUUAGUAAUAUAAAAUUGACGUGAUUAUUUCUUAUAAUUUUAUUGUAUAUCUUUUAGA